CCCUCCUCCAUCCCAGCAUGCACCGCGCCGUCUGCAGCAUAAAGAAAAAAGGCUACAGAGAGACAACAGGGUGGGAUUACAGACGCCUGUUGUUCCUGGUGUAUUCUUCAUAAACAUAUGCUGACAACAAGGAGCACGUCAUGGCCCUGAGGAGCUGAGAGCGGUGCUAGCUUGUUCUACAUUUGUCGGGGUGUUUCCACAGUUGGGUAGUUGCUUGUGAAGACUGGGGGGGCCCGGUCAGAGAGUGGACAGGGAGGGGGCAGAGCUCAGCUGGAGCCAAUGCAGCAGCACCAACUAGCGGAGGGAAACCUUCCUGUGUUCGUGUUCCCAACCGAGCUCGUCUUCUACGCGGAUGAGCAGUCGUCUCAUAAGCAGGUGCUCACCCUCUACAAGCCCUAUGAGUUCGCGCUCAAAUUCAAAGUGCUGUGCACAGCGCCAAACAAGUACACUGUGGUUGAUUCCACGGGAGCCGUCAAGCCACAGUGUUGCGUUGACAUAGUAAUCCGACACAGAGACGUCCGGCCGUGCCACUAUGGCGUGUACGACAAGUUCCGACUGCAGGUGUCGGAGCAAAGUCAGCGGAAAGCGCUGGGUCGCAAAGAGGUGACCGCCACGCUCCGUCCAUCGGCCUCGCAGGAGCCGUCCAGCGCCAGGACCCAAGACGAGGAGCGCCGGAUGAAGGAGCAGUUUGCGGACAGCGAGUUUUUUGAGCAGACUGCGUUUCAGACAGAGAGCCGUCCCGUUGCUGGAGGACCCAGUCUGCUCACAGUGCUGCUGGGACUCGUGUGCAUGAUCGCCCUGAUGCUUCCAACGCUGGGGGAGCAAGAAUCCACUGUGCCUGUCUACCUCCACUUAAGUGUUAACAAGAAACUGGUAGCUGCUUAUGUUCUUGGACUUCUGACUAUGGUCAUCCUACGUACAUGAAGUGCAUUGUGCUGAAAGGACGAGGAUAAACAGUUUUAAACGAUGAAGAGAACAUUGUCGAACCAGAGGCACGACUUCAACAAGCAGAGCUCUCAGCGCUCUGGUGGAGCUCCAUAACUCCAUCCGCUGACAAACACAUUUUAGUACAUUGGUUUCAAAUACAUAAUGUUUUCUGGGCUGUUACAAAAAAAUAAAAUAAAAUGGGAAGAUCUACGGGAACUCUUGCUGAGCGGAACCGCCUCCAAACCUCGGCCAGGGAAGAGACAUGAGGCGCUUCAACUUCGCCUGGACCGUCAUGCAUUCUUCGUAAUUUUAUUGCCAUUGUGUGACUCAAUGUGGUUAACUUGAGUGUGAAGAAAUCUACAUGCAAACGUGUAUAUAAAGCCAUUAAAACGUCAUGAUAUGCUCCUGUAACUGUCGUCAUAUUGAUGUUUUGAAGCUUUCAUAGCACAAGACUGAAGACAACGCAUUCAAGUGCAUGUGGCUGCUUUUAUCUCCCACAUAAACCCUUGAGAUACUUUUUACAUUUCACCAAAGAGCUUGACGCAACAUUGAAACUCAUGUUUAAUAAAGUCUUAAUACAG